UGGACAUUUGAAGAUCAGCUCUACACUGUUUGUUUAUUCUCUUUUUUUCUUUGCUACAGUUGGCCAACGUUAACUCUUUGUCCUUUGGUUAUAUAACUAUUUUCUAAGUUUCUUGGUAACACCUUGUAUCAAGAUUGGUUAGUCUGCCCGUAAGGCAAUGCUGGCAAACUAUCAAGAGCAGACUGAUUGCAGGAAAUGCUUUAUGGUUUUACCUUGGUCUCUGUCUAGAUAUGGCGUCCUCCAGCAGUGUCCUCGCUGAAGAGCAGUUCCUGUGCUCCAUCUGUCUGGAUGUGUUCACUGAGCCGGUCUCUAUUCAAUGUGGACACAACUACUGCAUGGCCUGUAUCAGGAAGUAUUGGGAUGGCAAUGACCUGUGCCAGUGUCCCAUGUGUAAAAAAACAUUUUACAGGAGACCAGAUCUGUUCAUCAAUACAUUCAUUUCUGAGAUGGCUGCUCAGUUCAGGAAAUCAGUUCAAGUGAAAGCCACCAGCAGCUCAGACCAACUCCCUGCCAAAACUGGAGAAGUCUCCUGUGACAUCUGCACUGGGAUGAAGCUCAAGGCCCUGAAGUCCUGCCUGGUGUGUCAGACCUCUUACUGUGAGACUCACCUGGAGCCUCAUCAGAGAGUCGCAGCCUUAAAGAGACACAAGCUGAUCAACCCUGUGGAGAACCUGGAAGACAGGAUGUGUAAGAAGCAUGACCGGCUCCUGGAGCUGUUCUGUAGGAGUGAUCAGACAUGUGUGUGUCAGUUCUGCACUGAGGCAGACCACAAGACUCACAACACAGUCCCUCUAGAGGAAGAGUAUGGAGAGAAGAUGGCUGAACUGGGGAAGAUGAUGGCAGUAGUACAGCAGAUGAUGCAUGCAAGAUCUAGAAAGGUUAAGGAGAUCAAGCACUCUGUAGAGCUCAGCAAGAGAGUUGCAGAGAGAAAGAUAUUAGACAGUGUGCAGGUAUUCACUGCUCUGGUGCACUCCAUUGAGAGAAGUCAGGCUGAGCUCAUUGAGGUGGUCAAAGAGAAGCAUAAAAAAGCGGAGAGGCAGGCUGAAGGGCUCAUUAAAGAGCUGGAGCGGGAAAUGAAUGAGCUACAGAGGAGAAGCACUGAGCUGGAGCAGCUCUCACACACUGAGGACCAGCUCCACCUCCUCCAGAGCUUUCCAUCCCUCUGUACCCCUCCAGACACCAAGGACUGGUCUGAGAUCAGUGUUCACAGUGAUCUGUAUGUGGGGACUGGGAGGAGAGUUGUGUCCCAACUGGAGGAGACACUGAAUAAAGAGAUGGAUAAAGUCAAAUUGAAGAGGGUGCAGCGCUAUGCAGUGGAUGUGACUCUGGACCCUGAUACGGCAAACCCCUAUAUCAUCCUGUCUACAAGUGGGAAAGAAGUGAGAUAUCAACAGAAACAACAAGAUCUCCUUGACAACCCAAAGAGGUUUUCCAUCUGUCCCUGUGUUCUUGGAAAUAAAGGUGUCUCCUCAGGAAGAUUUUACUAUGAGGUGACUGUUAAGGGGAAGACUAAGUGGGAUUUAGGAGUGGCCAGAGAGUCCAUCGACAGGAAGGGAAAUAUCACACUGAGCCCUAAGGAUGGUUACUGGACUGUGGCACUGAGGGAGAGGUAUAAGUACCUAGCCUGUACCUCCCCACCUGUCCUCCUCUCCCUGAGAGAGAAGCCCCAGAAGGUGGGGGUGUUUGUGGAUUAUGAGGAGGGUCAGGUGUCCUUUUAUGAUGUGGAGGCCAGGUCUCAUAUCUACUCUUACACUGGCUGCACCUUCGCUAAGAAACUAUAUCCAUACUUAGGACCUUGUGCUAAUUUUGGGGAUGAAAACUCUGCUCCUCUGAUUAUCUCUCCUGUCAAUCACACAGACUGAGGAUGACGUUUUGACAUUGCAGAAGUGUGGAGAUGUCUCCAAAGAUAAUGGUAUCCUGACAAAUACUCAGCAUGGACCUUGAUUCUGUUAAGUUUAAAAUACUGCACUUUGCAUUAUCACAUGAAUCACAGAAAAAAAAAUCCCUGCAAAUAUUUAGUUUAAUAUUAGAUGAAAUUGUUCCAGUCUCUUCUGUGUGGUCAUUUCUUAAUGUACAUAUACAUAAUGUGUGUUUAUGUAAUAAUGUCGUGCUGAUGUGACUGUAUUGUGAUACAUUUCAUGUAAUCUCUGACAUCAAUGAUUGAGCAGCCUCUUCGUGGUUACAAGUGCUCUCCUUUCCCCAUCGUGCAUGGGGACAAAGCUUUACAACACAACACAACA